GUCUCUCAUCAAACUGGUUUGUGUGCCUUGUGCGAAUUUGUCGUUGUUCUCGCCAGUUGUCGCUCCCUGUAGUCCGGUUCAGGUCUCAGUAUCAACAAUCUACGCGUGGACCUGUAAGACUGUGACGAGAAUGAUUGCAGCGAAACUGUUUGGAGCUGUCAUGCUGCUUUCAACGGUUACUCCUCUCUCGGCACAACAGAUGGUUCGCUGUGACAUGCCUGCUGACGUGGUCUUCCUGAUGGACGCCUCGGGCAGCAUCAAGCCCGGCGAGUGGCAACAAGAGAAGGAAUUUGUGGCCAACCUCAUCGACUCACUGGCCGUCGGACCACGCGCUAUUCACGUGGGUGUCAUCGUGUACAGCACGGACAUCGGGCAGGUCAUCGACCUUCAACCCUUCAAGUCGCGCACGCAGCUCAAGGCCAUGCUACGGGGACUCGAACAGGAUGGUCAGGGCACAGACACAGCACUUGCUGUCGCUCGGAUGAGGUCUAUGGUGGCAAACCAGGGCCGGCCUGGCGCCAUACCCAUCGCCGUCGUUAUCACUGACGGCCGGUCUGAUGACGUCCAUAAGACCAUUCAAGAGGCACUCAACGCUCGCACGGUAGAAAAGAUUACCAUGAUCGCCCUGGGGGUAGGCAAUGAGACCUACCUGGACGAGCUUCAAGAGAUCGCCCCGAAGGACCACAACCACAACCGUCUCUUCACGGUCAGCGACUUCACUCAGCUCCAGAACGUUGUCCAGGAAAUCAGUGACCUCAUCUGCAAAGUUGUACCGAUGACCAGCCUCGAACCAACGAUCCCACCAACUACCGCAACUACAGUGGAGCCAUCACCAACAACAACACCUUACUUACCACCCAUCUCGUGCCAGCAGCCAGCUGAUGUCGUGUUCUUGCUGGAUGGUUCGCACAGCAUCCAAGCGGAAGACUGGGACAGAGGGCGCAUCUUCGUCUCUACCCUCAUCAAUAGUCUGGAGGUGGGUGACGAGGGCAUUCAUGUGGGCAUCAUCGUGUACAGCUCUAACGUGGGCGACACCAUCCCCAUCAAGCCGUUCCUUGGCAAGGCGGAACUGAAGAGGAGGGUGUCGGGGCUGCGACAGACUCCGUUGGGCCGCACCAACACGGCCCUGGGCCUGCAAGCGCUGCGGGGAAUGUUCGCCACGCACGGACGACCAGGCAUUCCCCAUAUAGGUAUUGUCAUCACCGACGGGAAGUCCAGCAACGUCCACCAGACGAAGUCUGAGGCCAGCCUGGCCAAGACUGCCAGUGGGAUCGUCAUGCUGGUCAUCGGGGUGGGUAAGCGCACCCUGCAGACGGAGCUGGAGGCCAUGGCCUCGUCACCUUCGACUCUUUUCAACGUCUCUGACUUCUCUGCUCUCAUCGACAUCGUCGAAACGCUCCGAGACCAGAUUUGCGAGGUCAUUGUGUCAACGAUCCCGCCUCCUACUGUGUCUACAACACCGUCAAUACCCGCGCUGUGUCGCGAGUGUCUGGAGGUUGGCGGGGUCGGAUACAACUCUUAUCCACCCGACUGCACCAAGUACGUGACCUGCUACCCGCAGAACGGCGGGUACAAGCCAGUGGUCACUUCCUGUCCCUUCGGUCUUUACUGGAGCUCCGAGGCAGUGGCCUGUCUAGACGCCCUGUUUGUGGAUUGCCCUUCAGACCCUUGUCGGGGACAACCUCAGGGCUGGACUCACAAUACGGGACAGCGGGGUGUGGCGAGUACUGGACAUGUGGAGGAGGGCGCUCGGUCCCCCAGUGCUGCCAGCAAGGCCAUCGCUACAGCCAAGAUGGCGGCUGUGUGUCGGAUGCCAGCUGUAGAGAUGCUUGUUCUUUGGAGUGGACACUGCAGGCCAGCGGUGCCUGUGAAUAUCGGCCUGAUCCACACAGUGUCUACAACUAUCUCCAGCUGAUUCCAGGGAAGGGUCACGUGACUCGUCCCUGUCGUCCAGGCACAGGUGUACAGACACAGUCAGUGCGCCUGUGAAUCUACAGUUGCAAUAGGCUGUCAGUCCUCUCUUCACAUCAAGUUUGAUGGCUCUGUGGAGGAUCAGUCUCUGCAACGUCACCCAGCACGCGCAGAAGGCGUGGCUUUCAGCCAGCAUGGCACCGCCUACUUCAAUGGCUCCGGGCGAGUGCAG